AUGUCCGAGGACGCCGGCCUUUUCAAGAAAACAUCCGAAGCGGUCGCCAACGCGGGAGCCUCGGUUGCGGGCGCGGUGAGCGGCUCACUCUCCAUGAACGCUGGGGCCAGCCACAAGAAGACAACAACCACGAAGACAACGAUCCCGGCAGACCAGCAGCAGCAACAGCAACAGCAAAUAAUUGCCAAUGGUGGGGCGGGACAACCUGCUCAGGGCCGGAUCACUGAUGGGGCCAAGGGGCAGCAGAAGAGACUGACGCAGCAGGAGGCUGAUGCACUGUACGACGAGCGGAUCGAGGAUGAGUAUGCCAAGAGGGAGGGUGGCGCUUGA